AAGAAAUAUAUAAAACAGUAUGGUGUGAUGGCAAUUUAAGCAAAUCAUGUGAGAUUAGACACAAGGUAUAACCUCCGGCGGGCGAGGUUGGUUCCUUCACUUACAAUGUUCAUGAUGAGGAGAAUAAUGUUUAAAUAUACAUGACUUUGUGAGAGUAUUUGUGAGGAAAGUUAUAUAAGUAAAUUAGUGUUCGCCUCUUUAUGGCUUACCAGCACUGCUUUCUGAAAAACGGAAUUAUUGGAUUUUUCUCUAGAAUGAGUCCUACCUUGAUUACAACAAAAUGACCUAGCUUUGAGAUCGUCUCAACAAAAAAAUUUGGAGGAAAUAAAACCCAUUGCAGAGAAUGGAUGUAAAAUGGUCAGUUACAAUUUUACAGACCUUUCUGUGUUGGAGUAUUCUGAUCACAGUCUUCAGAAGUAGAGGAACAGGCCACACAAGUAGUACUGAGUUUUCUUACGAAGAUCGACUGAUCAAACACCUUCUCCGAAAAUAUGCAGAGAGGGGAAAAUUCGGAAGACCAGUCAAAAAUUUUUCUGACAUCAUUCAGCUCCGAUUUGGCCUUCAGUUGAUACAGAUUAUGAGUUUGGAUGAAAAGAAACAAAUUUUAACGCUGAAUGUUUGGACAAAUUAUAACUGGACGGAUGUCCAUCUCAGAUGGAAUGUCACAGAAUUUCAUGGAGUGACAAAAAUCAACAUCCCUGCCACAGAAAUAUGGACUCCUGACUUAAGGCUGUACAAUUUCGCCGACGAACGUUUACAUGAGAGAAGAGACUCACUUUGCAUUGUGGAACACACUGGUCACGUGGUGUGGAUUCCUCAGGCUGUGUUCAAGAGCUCAUGUAACAUAGAUGUCAAAGCCUUUCCUUUUGAUAAGCAGCGGUGUCAUUUAAAAUUCGGCUCAUGGACCUACGAUGGGCUACAACUCGAUUUAUUCUUUAAAGAUGAUACACCAUGGGAUUUAAGCAAUUUCCAAAAAAGUAACGUCUGGGACGUUAGAAAUACUUGGGGAAAGAAAAACGUGGAAAGGUACACUUGUUGUCCGGAACCAUUUAUAGACUUAAAGUUCUGGUUAACUAUACGCCGCAAGGCUACGUUUUAUGCGUACACGCUUAUAUUACCGUGUGUUUUGUUGACCUCUUUGACGCUUAUAUUGUUCUGGAUUCCGGCAGAGUCCCCCGCCAAACUUACUCUUGGCAUGAACACUUUCAUGGCGUUCUUUCUCUUACUGAUUAUCUUCGAGGCCAGUCUGCCGCCUGCUGCCAGAUCCUUCCCGGUUAUAGGAAUGAGUAUAUUCAUGGCAUACUUCGUUCUGUUGUCCAUCUUCCAACGUAAUAUACCACCGUCUGAAACCUCCCCAGUUCUAGGUACCUAUUAUUGUGUAAACAUGGUGUUGAUAACGAUGUCUUCAUUCCUGUGUGUGUUUGUUGUAAACAUGUCGGUCUCGGGAACUAGGUACCCGGUUCAUCUUCCAAAGACACUUAAAAAGGUGAUGUUUUCCUACGUUGCCCGGGUUUUGUGUAUGGACAAACUCGUUGCGCCUUUCCUGGAGGAAGUUCACGUGACAUGCCCUACAACUUCUCGGCGUUAUAUGGGUGUAAAUGGGGAUGGGAGUAGAUUUACAAACGAUUGGAAGGGCUCAAGUGAGACGUUAAUAACAGUUCAAAAGGAAACCAGUGCAGAAUUGUCAGUGAUCCACACGAAAGUCAAUGAAAUAAGAAACUUCAUAAAAAUUUAUAAAGAGAGACUAGAGGAAAAAGACAGGAAAGAAAAAAUAGCGAAAGAAUGGAAAGCUCUGGCGCUAAUAUUUGAUCGAAUUUUCUUUAUCAUUUACAUUACUACAAUAAUUGUUUCCUUAAUGGUUGUGUUGCCUAUAAUUUUUGACAGUGACAUCGAAGAAGAAGAAUGAAGAAGUGAGAGCUUCAGUAACAAUGCAAUACUGACGUUUAGGAUUGCAUUUCAACACAUUUGCUUCCCAAUCAUUUGUCUGUAUUCAGCCAGUAUUUCAGUCAAAUGUUCAAACAUUUUUUACUUUGCUAUUUGUCUCUGUAUUCAUAUUCUUCAAACAAAAACGAACCAUUGAUUCAGUUUUAUAAAUGAAAAUUAUGUUUUAUAAAAAAUGAAAAAUUAUGCUUUCAUUUCGACUUUCUGUACAUCUUUCAUUUUUUAAAAUCAUUUUUCUUUCAAUUCUUGUACCCAUUUCAUAAGUAAAAAAUAGCAACAGUAUUUUUUCUACACUGUAAAUGUAAUGUAUAGCAAGUAGGCUAAACCAUUUAGAUGAAAUGUAAAGUUGCACUGCCUUGCACAUGUAAAAAAAAAAGAUUUUUUUCUUGUAGUAUAACAUAAUUUUUUUUCUAACCUACUAAAACAUAAUUUAAGUGAAGUUUUUUUUUCAAAUUGGGAAGAAAU